AUGUCCAAACCAGCUGGUGCUCUUGACCCAGCUAGUCUGUCAAAAAUGAUUGCGAUCCCAAGCGACAGUUUUGCAGGCUGGACAACUUCGCGUCAAAGGUGCAGCGGCGUUUCAGAGCCUGGAUUACGUAGAGCCUCGCGCCACUCUGGGACCCGGCAACUCGCCAGUGUUCAUUCUCGCAAAAUCAUUGAGCUUAACAUCGAACUUAACGCAGUCCCUCUCCUUGGGCAGAAAGGGGGCGCGAAGCGCGACUUCCCGAAUCUCUGUGAGACAAAGACCCUGGGCCUGAGGGCCUGCCCUUCGGGCUCUCACUCGAGAGGCUUGUGUUAG